AUUAACAUAACAUUAACACAUUUAUAAAACACACUGCUUGUUAUCUCUAGAAAUUCAGACGUUUUCAAAUGUAUCUCACCCUCUUGAUUUCGCGGAUGAGUUUGGUGAAUAUUUGCCGAACGGGGGCGCUUAUUCUCGGGUUUGACUGUUGAGAGAGCCCGGAGCUGUGAAAGGAGAACACACUGUACCUCUGAAUCCCUGUCGUACUUUAUCCCAGACGAAAUAAUCUGGUCAUAUAGAGGAAUCAAUCAAAAUAAUCGCUGUUAGUAGUGAUCACUCAUAGCUUGAAGUAUGGUAAUGUUAACAUUGGAAUUGUUUGAUUUAGGCUACAUCGUAUGUUGAGGGGUAGGCUGCAUCGUGGAGUUAAAAGGCGGACCAGUUGUGCCUGUCCUGGUUCUGUCAGAUGAACAAGUCGUAAGAAGUCGACACUCACGCAUUUUUCCAGCUGACAACAUAGUAUUAGCAAAGGGAAGCCCCCCGUCAUGGUGUCUCCAUCCUUCCUCCUCCUCUUCCCCUCCCUGGGUUGGUUGUCUGCUGUGACAUCAUCAGAUCCCUUCGUCCAUGCUCCUCAUUUCACUGGGUGUAGGUCCAGGGAGCAGGUGACGUUUAGCUGUUGGUGGAGCACCGGAAGCUUCCAGAAUCUCACGGAACCCGGAGCGCUGCAAAUGUUCUACUGGAAGAAAAAUGAUUUGACGAAAGAAUGGAGGGAAUGCCCUGACUACUCCUCCUCUGUGAAAAAUGAAUGUUUCUUCAAUAAGAACAACACAGUGAUCUGGACGACCUACUGUGUACGACUCAGCUCUAAAAGCCAGAACAUCACCUACGAUGAAUUGUGCUUCGAAUUGCAGGACAUUGUGCACCCUGACCCCCCGGUGGCCCUGAACUGGACGCUGCUGAACGUCAGCCGGUCAGGCCUGAACUAUGACAUCAUGGCGAGCUGGGAACCCCCGCCCUCGGCCGACGUAUCUGUUGGAUGGUUGACACUGGUGUAUGAACUCCAGUACAGGAGAAGGAACAGCUCACACUGGAAAGUGUUGGAACAUGAGUUUGGCACCCAGAAGUCAAUCUACGGCCUUAGUACAGGAGAGGAGUAUGAGGUGCGCGUGCACUGCGCAAUGAGGGCCUUCAAUAAAUUUGGGGAGUUCAGUGAUGCCAUCUUUGUUCACGUGUCAGAGAUUCCCAGUAAAGAGUCCACGUUCACUGUGACUCUGGUCCUGAUCUUCGGGGCUGUGGGCCUGGCCAUUCUGCUCAUGCUCAUCAUCUUCUCUCAGCAGCAGAGACUGAUGGUGAUUCUGCUGCCUCCUGUCCCUGCACCCAAAAUCAAAGGGAUAGACCCAGAACUGCUCAAGAAGGGAAAGCUGGAUGAGCUGAACUUCCUCCUGAGUGUUGGUGGUAUGGGGGGUCUCCACCCCUACCCCCCUGACCUUUACCAGGACGAGUCCUGGGUGGAGUUCAUCGAGCUGGACGCAGACGAGCCUGAGCCUGGGGAGAAGGAGGACAACCAGAGACUGCUGGGCCUGGGGAGAAACAACCACCACACAAACCAUGGCUGCUCUCAUGCCCUCAGUAUCCCUGAUAAUGACUAUGAUCCAGAGCUGCCUGACCAGGAGACCCUGAUGUUGAUGGCUGCCCUCCUGUCCAGCCAACCUGACAAAGUUGAACCCUGCCUGGGAAACCGGAGGAGACACUCAGCCCUAGAGGUGCUGGAGGUCCCAUACCCAGGGCUCCAAGCUCCAGGCUUAGCUCCAGAGGGAGGGGAGAGGCCCCUGGUCCAGACCCAGCUGGGAGGCCCUCAUAGCUGGGUAAACAUAAACUUCUAUGCCCAGGUCAGCGAUGUAAUGCCCACCGGAGGGGUGGUGCUCUCCCCAGGCCAACAGGUCAGAGCCCCGGAGAACGCUCCAACAACAGAGGAGGAUAAGAAGAAGAAGGGGAAAAUGGAGGGAGGAGAGGAGGAGAGUGAGGGGGAGGAGGAGGAGAGGAGAAAUAAGAAGUUGCGGUCUCAGCUGCUGGUGGUGGAUCCUGAGGCUGGAGGCUACACGACAGAGAGCAGUGGCCGGCAAAUCAGCACCCCUGACCCCUCCUCACCUAGGGAGGUCUACCACACCUUCCCCCCACCUCCCCCCUAUCUCCUGCAUACCACCCCCCUAGGGGACUACCAGUCCCCGUACAUCCUUCCCGACUCCCCUGCUCAGUUCCUCCCCCCUGUUUUGGACUACACUGUGGUUCAGGAUGUUGACUCCCAGCAUAGCCUUCUCCUCAACCCCAUCCCCCAGAGGUCCCCCUCCUGCACCCCACAACCCCCCUUCAAGCCCCUGCCCACCAUGCCUAUAGGGUACCUCACCCCGGACCUGUUAGGCAACAUCUUGCCUUAAAGAAAAAAACACCUCGCAGGAGCCUUGGGGCAUAGAGGUCAGAGUUCACACGCCAGGAAGUCAGUAAUCAUCCCAGACAGGCAGUCUUGUUCUACCUGAUCACCGCUGGAAACCAAAUAUGUCAUGGGACAGACAGGCACAACGUUUGUUUGAGAGGGUGAUGGAAGGGAAGCUGGGAAAGAGAAAUGUUUAGAUGUUGUGUUUGGAUUUUACAUGAGUGAGACUGGAACUUGAGGAGAGAGUAAAUUGGCCUUUCUGGUUUAACAGAGCUUAAAUUAAGACUUGUGUUGAACAAAUCUUACUGUGGUCUGUCUGACUAAGACUGAGACACCCAAAAACCCACAGUCGGAAACCUUUAAAUGCACAGAUUUCUAAUAUAACGUUACACAGAGAUACACUUGGGCACCACACAUACGCAGACAGACAAGCUCAGACAUGAUUCUAGUUGUAUGUUUUCUGAUACUUAAAUGUAUCUAGCAUUUGACUGAUGAAGUGCUAUGUAAACAUUUGCCUUGCAGACACACCCAGUCCCACCUUAAUGUUUCCUACUUUGAUCUAUUAUAGAAAUGUCAGAGAAAAGUGAGUAAAGAAACAAGUUCAUAUAUAUCAUAUAACUUACAGUAUAGAUGUUUAAUACUGUAGCAUAUUGGUUUAAGUCUUAACUGUAAUGUAGAUGGAUCAAGUAACAUAAUGUAAAGGAGGAUAACAAGCACAUUUAUACAAUCACACACACACACACACACACACACACACACACUUUAACAUCAUUGUUAUGGCCUCAUUAAUUGACAGAACACUUGAGUGUGCUGUUUGUCAAACUUACCGCUACAACGAGCACAGAGUGACCAUUAGUGACUAUCGUUGUUCAUUUAGCACUCUCAUUAUUUUGCUAAAUGGCAUAUUUUCAUGCUUAUAUUUCGCUUUGAAUUCUUGCAGCAGUCAUCUAAUAGUUACCAGACUGAGGUCACAGUAUUUAACACUGCCAUUAGACAUCUUGUCUGCACUCAAUGUGACAACUCAGACUCUGCUUACCAUAAUAAAUGGAGAAGAAGACAGAGUGUAAUGAGACAUUAACAAGCACAGAGUAGAUUCUCACAAUACAGGAAAGACUGCUUUUAUAUGUUCUACUUACUUUGCAUUCAUUUUAAUUGCAGGGACAAUGACUGAAAAUGUAUAAAGAGGUAGUUCGAAUAUUUUUCUGUUUCUCUCUCUUGUUCUCAAUGUAGUUGCAAUGCCAAUGUUAAUGUGCUCUCGCUUUAUGAUAGUGAAAUUUGCCUCUUUUUAUGUAGUGAAACGUACUUAGACGCUCAGGGUUUUCUAUAUGUACCCAACCUUGCAAACAUGCCCAAGCAAGCACACACACACACACACAAGCACACACACACACCAUCUCAAUUGAAAAUACACUCUGUAGAUACAGUAGAUUAUACAUGUAUCAUCAGAAGAAAGAUAAUCUUCAUCCCAAAGAGAAACCAUCAGAUCUAGUGGUUGUGUGAGGAGCUAUGUGUUUGGUGUUAUAAUCAUAAUUGUUCAUAGGCAAUGAACGCUUUAAAGGUGAAUGUGAACUGUUCAGGGCCAUCAUUAUUGGAGAAUUUUGUCUCUGUGUAUGACUGUGGGAUCCUCUCAGAUCCAUUUAGUGUAUACACUCUUAGAAAAAAGGGUUCCAAAAGGGUUCUUCGCCUGUCCCCAUAGGAAAACCCUUUUGGGUUCCAUGUAGAACCCUCCGUGGAAAGGGUUAUAAAUUGAACCCAAAAGGGUUCUACUUGUAACCAAAAAUGGUCCUUCAAAAAAGGUGCUACCUAGAACCUAAAAGGGUUCUUCUGCUGUCCCCAUACAGCAGAAUAACCCUUUUAAGUUCUAGGUAGCACCUUUUUUUCUAAGAGUGUACAAACUGCAUCGCAAGAACUGAAAGCCUAUCUUUAAGUGCAGGAAAUCUGUUAUUAUUUUGUGGUGUUCACUACAGGUGCUCUUAACCUUAGCAGGGCUUUCUCCCAAGUACAACAGCAUAGCAUGAGCUAUUUUAGAUAGAGGCUGUGAUUCACAGUCCUUGUCAAUCAAACCUUGAGACCAGGUUUCUAAGGUAAAUAUGAAACAUUCAGUAUAUUAUGCCGGUACAGCAAGAAUGUUCAGUUCAGAGUUCAAUAUGGACAAUAUCAAUGUUCAGUUGUC